AAGUGUCACAAGUCGUUUGAAGACUGCUUUACAUUGCUGGCAUCGGCACUUUCAAAAGCUAGCUUGAAUGCCAUCUGUUUCUGCAAGAUCACAGCAGCGCAAGUGAUGCUUUUGCCGCGUGCAUGCGUUUCUCUCUGUGUCAAAAUCCUUUGCUACACUUCGUGCUUCGCGCAGCUUCAGGGAAUGUGUCCGUGAAUCCACGUUUUGCUGGGAGGCGGUCCGGCAUCAGGUUGAUUGGAAGGGAUCAAUCGUACUUUAUGGAUGAGGACAUGGAAGCCUCAGAUCAAGUGGAACACCUGGAUGCUACAGUGUUGAAAAGGAAAAGAUUGGAAGAAACAGACGUGGGCACCAAUGCAAAACCAGCUAGCAAAGCCACUGGAAAGCCCGUCCUCAAUACCAGAGCACUGCGCUCUGUUCUGAAAGUAUUCGUCGUUCAAGCCGUCCCAAACUAUGCGCAGCCCUGGCAGAUGAGGCCCCAGCGCUCCAGCAGCGGUUCAGCUUUUGUCACAGACGUGCAGAAGCGAACAAUCAUGACGAACGCUCACGUGAUCAUGAAUGCGACGACGGUGCAUGUGCGGCGGCCGGGGAAUCCCAAGAAGUGGCGCGCGCGGAUCCUGUGCGAGGGGAUCAUCUGCGAUCUCGCGCUGCUGACUGUGGAUGAGCCAGAUUUCUGGUCAGAGGACCUGAUGUCGCUGCAAUUUGUGUCUGUGCCCGAGCUCCAGGACUCGAUCCUGGUUGCUGGGUACCCACUGGGCGGUGACUCGCUGUCCAUAACAAAGGGCAUUGUCUCGCGGGUGGUCAUGACGCGGUACGCGCAUGCGUCCAACAAGCUGCUGGGCAUCCAGAUCGAUGCGGCCAUCAACCCGGGAAACUCUGGCGGCCCUGCUUUCUCCGACUUGCAGGAGGGCAAGGUGGCUGGAGUGGCCUUCUCGAAGCUGUCGCAGGCGGACAACGUGGGCUACAUCAUUCCCUGGAAGAUUGUGGCGCACUUCCUGCGAGAGUACGAGGACCACGGCGUCUUCCGGGGCUGCUGCAGCGUGCCCCCCAACGGCUCCGGCAGCCUGGUGUUCAAGAUAGACCCGAUGGCGCCGGCCACGAGCGUGCUGAAGGAGAACGACGUGGUGCUGGAGAUUGAGGGCGUGCUCAUCGCUGACGACGGCACCGUGGAGUUCAGGAACGAGGAGCGCGUCGAGUUCUCACACAUCGUCCGCUCCAAGCACAUAGAUGACUGGCUGCACCUGCUGGUGCUGCGAGAGGGCAAGGAGAUGGAGCUGAAGUACCAGCUCAACCUGAGGCGGCCCCUGGUGCCCGUCCUGGCCGGCGUGGACUGCGUUCCCUCCUACUUCAUCAUCGGCGGCCUCGUGUUCGUGCCCCUCUCGAUCCCCUUCCUCGAGCACGCCUAUGGUGGGCACGCCUGGCGGAAGCUGGCGCCGGUCCAAAUUCUGGCGCUGGUGGCAGAGUACAGGGAGCGGCCGGACGAGCAGGUGGUGGUGCUCUUCCAAGUCCUGGCGGCUGAGAUCAACUUUGGCUACAAGUUCCAGACGGUGAGGUGCGAGAGCUUGAACGGCGAGGAGGUGCGCAACCUGGCGCGGCUGGCGGAGCUGGUGGACAGCUGCACGGACAAGUACAUGAAGUUUGGGCUGGAGGGCGGCAAGCUGGUCAUCUUGGAGCGCGUGCAGGCCAUCGCGGACGCGCCGCGCAUCCUGCAGCAGCACGCCAUCCCCUUCGACCGCUCCGCCGACCUGCGGGAGCUAAAGGAGCGGAACAAUGCGGCAGCCAAUUCUUCCUGA